CAGUCGACGACAACUGAUUGGCGUUUGUAUUCACUUCUCAUUGCAUUCAAGUCUUACACCAAAACAGUUGUGUUUUUGUUAUUUACUUACUUUGCAAUCGCUUUACAUUGAAGUGUCGGCUAAUAUAACAAUGAAGUCGUCGACACAAUUGCAUGUGUUGUGUGCAGUGGUGGUGAUCACCGUUGGAUCAGUUGUGGGCCAAACCAUUGCCACUCCAGAAGUGAAUCCGUUGGAGGAGAAGGAAAGUUGUUAUCAAUUGUGUGGCAAAACAUAUUCAUUACAUACUUAUCCUAAAUCUCAACACCUGAAUGCCUGUGAGAGAGGCUGUCGUCUCGCAAUACUGAGCCAUUUAAAUGUGGCCAAAGACACGUCCAUCACAUUUGAUCCACAAUUGGUCGCAAACAAGUGUUUUAAUUGUAAGUCA